GGCAUCGGGCUCGACAAUCCAACUUGAACUGACCGGAAAUGAAAAUAAUGGAGGGAAAUAUAAGAAAUGAAACUUCAUAAGAAAUAUUGUUUAUAUUUUGAGCAGUUAGACUACAAUAUAUGAAUAAGAACUGCCAUGGCCACAGAAAAGAGGCAAAUGAUCCAUGGGGUGGAGGUAGUGUUCCCCUGUAAGCCGUACCCUUCACAGUUCAGUAUGAUGGAAAAGGUGAUUAAAGGAAUAGAGAGAAGAGAAAACUGCUUACUGGAAAGCCCUACAGGCAGUGGCAAAAGUUUGGCUCUAUUGUGCUCUGCUCUAGCAUGGCAGACUGCAGAAUACAACAAAAGGGAAAAAGAACUCUCAGAAUCGAGCGAAAAAGCAGACAGUAAAAAGAAUUGUACAUGUAUGUGUAGUGAAGAUGGCAAGGAAACUGCCAGCAAAGCUGCUGAAAAGAAGGCAAUAUCAAGUGUCUUGAAUGCUGUCUCUGCCAGUCCUUCAGCGUUUGAUGAUGAGGAUGAUGAUGACUUCAAACAGCCAGGGAGCUUUAGAACACCUGGAAACACAAAACAGAAUGCUAGGCCUUACGUGUCUAUUUCCUAUGAGACUUCCCCACCGGAAUGUGAGCAGUCCACCAAUAGUGGCUCCCCAGACACUAGCAAACCUUGUACGUGUGGAGCAGACUCAGCACCCAAGGCACGGAAGGUCCCCAAGAUUUACUUUGGAACAAGAACACACAAACAGAUUGCCCAGAUCAUCCGUGAGCUGAAGAAAACGGCCUACAGGGAAGUCAAAAUGACAAUUUUAGCCGCCAGGGAACAUACCUGUAUCCAUCCUGCUGUCAGUCAGAUGAAGGGCAAGAACGAAGGAUGUAAGGAGUUACUUGACGGGCCAGGCUGCAAGUUCAAUGAUCGCCUGAAGAGGAUGCCUGCCACACAGGACUACGUGAAGAAGCAAGGACUGACCGAGGCCUGGGACAUCGAGGACUUUGUGGGACUCUCCAAGAACAUCAAAGUUUGUCCGUACUUUGCCACCAGGGGGUUGAGGAGUGGAGCAGACAUUGUAUUUUGUCCCUACAACUACCUCAUAGACCCAGUCAUCAGGAAAUCAAUGGAGAUUAGUCUCAAAGACCAGGUGGUGAUCCUGGACGAAGCUCACAACAUGGAGGACACAUCUCGAGACUCAGCAGGCGAGAAAAUCGGGGACGAUGCCUUGGAGAAAGCCGUCAAUGAACUGGACGAGAUGAUUAAGUACGAGAUCCUAACAGCAGAACAUCUAAGAGUCAGGCAGUUGUGUGCGGGACUCCUAGGUUUGAUCAGAGACAACCAGGACAAUCUACAGAACAUGGACUUUGACCACGAGUACAAGUGCUGGUCCAGCUACGACAUUGUGGUCAGACUGGAGAAGAUUGGGGCUGGCCCCAAACACUUCCAGGACAUGCAGCAACACUUGAAGGCGGUGUUUGAGGAAGCCCUGGAUAAAGAAACCGUCGUCAAAGAUAUGUCGGGUCGCGUGGUCAAGAUCAGCAGCGCCACCUUACAGACCCUGGAGCACAUCGUUAAGGUGUUGACUUACCUGUACAAGGACAAUCUGAAGUAUGUCACAGAUUACAGAAUGGCUGUCGUCAAGGCAACCGUUUACACAAGGAAUCCGAACACUGAUGAUAUGUGGUUAAAUUCGAAAAGAAGAAGAGGAGGUCAAUCCAUGAUUCCAACAACUCAGCUAACCUUGAACUUUUGGUGCAUGAACCCAGGAGUGGCUUUCUCUGACCUGUCGGUCUGUAGAAGUGUGGUUCUGACCAGUGGUACCCUGUCACCCAUCAACUCCUUCGAGUCGGAGCUGGGCGUGCCCUUCCCCAUCAAACUGGAGGCCAACCAUGUGAUUGAGGACAAACAGGUGUGGGUGGGGGCUGUCGGUCAGGGGCCCCGGGGAGGGACUCUAGAGGCUGUGUACCGGUCCGUGGAGACCCUUCAGUUCCAGGACGAGUUGGGGGAUCUGGUCCUCAGAGUGUGCCAGCAUGUUCCCCAUGGAGUGCUAUGCUUUGUUCCCUCCUACAGUACCCUAAGUAAACUGAGAAAUCGCUGGGAGAUUACAGGUUUAUGGGAGAGGAUCAAAGAACAUAAGGAGGUGAUGGUGGAACCCCGCUCCUCAGAGAGAGUGGACUUUGAGGACAUCAUGAGGCAGUUCUAUGACUCGGUCAACAUGUUACAGGAUCAGACGGAGGGUAAGAAGACAGGAGCCCUGUUUGUGGCCGUGUUCCGGGGGAAAGUCAGUGAGGGGAUGGACUUCGCAGACAACUACGCCCGGGCUGUCAUCACUGUUGGAAUACCCUACCCCAACUCAAAGGAUGUUCAGGUGAAGUAUAAGCAGGAGUACAACAACAUGUACCGGUUAUCCCGCGGACUCUUGUCGGGGUCGGAGUGGUACGAUAUCCAGGCUUUCCGGGCACUGAACCAGGCCCUGGGACGCUGCAUCCGACACAGGAAAGACUGGGGAGCCAUCAUCCUUGUGGACAACAGAUUUGUCAGGAAUCAGAAUAAAGUUCAAGGUUUGUCAAAGUGGGUGAGGAGAAAAGUUCAUACGUACCAGACCUUUGAUUCUGCCAUCACUUCCAUAGAUAAGUUCACAAAGGACAGACAAGAAGACAUGCCUGUUGUCAACCCUGACACCUCCUUCAUCCCUGGGACCCCUGUCACUCCGGGUCAACAUCUUGGGUCACAGAUGACCUCGCCAAUCACUUCCACCCCCUACGGAGGAGGGUCAGAGACACCCGUAGGGAAGGGCUUCCUGUCGGACACUCCACUGAAAUCCAUUGUGAAGUCUCCUAACACUUUGUUAGGGUCCCCGGAACCAAGCCCACAAAGAACAGAUAACUGUGUGCUGAUGUCCCCUACUGAGGUUCACAAAAACCAUAAUUACCAGGACCUGGUUCAAAACAGACAAGUGGUUCAACCACAUGUGACCCAGAAUAACCAGAUGAGCCUUCCUAAUACACAACCCCUUGACCACAUGUCACAGAUAAUGAAGGUCAUUAACUCGUCCUGUGCUCCCAAAGACAAACCAUAUUACAUCAUUAUUGGACAAGGGACACCCCAGCAACAGAUGUAUCUGAUUGAACCCCCUACAAAACCAACAGUUAAGUCUAGUGGUAAAGUUGUUGUACCUCAGCUCAACGUAGGUAAGGGUCAGACUCCAAACAAGACCGGAGGUCAAGUGUGUGGAAAGGUCACAGGUCAAACAUACAGUACAUUGGUAGGUCCAGGUGAAGGAAAAGCUAAGGGUCAAAUUCAACAACAGAUUUUUUUUGGUCAAACCCCUAUGAAGAGUUUACUUCAAACAAGUGCAGCAUCAGUUACAAAACCAUCAAAAACUGUCUCUACAGGACCUCAAAAGCUGCAGCAAGAUUUAUCCAGUUCAACAGCUAAUGCUGAGUGUGUUAUAGAUCUUACUGAAAAUUCUAAGCUGCCAAAAGGGGACAUUGAGAACAAGAAAACAUCAGGUCAGAGUGGGCCAGUUUCACAAGCUUGUCAAGGAGAUGUUGCAGCAGUUCAGAAUGAGACGAGUUCUGCAGAGAAACCGAACCGGUUUUUCAAAUUCUGUAGCAUAAAUGAUCCUAGGAACCCAGAACCAAUUCUUAAAAGUGAGACCAAACCAGCUGAACCAGUCACUCCUGUGUUGUUUGGUGGAAACUCCCAGGAUGAAGACGUUGUAAAAUUGGACCCAACACCCAAAAAUACAAGUAGGAAACCACUGUUUCGAAAGAUGGAGAAGAACAUGGACAUGUCUAAUGAAGCAGUGCAUAGUGAUGAUAGCGAGAGAGAAUUUAAAAAUUCUAGUCAUGUUAGUAAAACGGCUGUGGCAGAAGAGGAAGUAGCAGGAAAAGAAGAGGACUGUACUUUGAGGACAAGAAGGGGUCCUCGAGGAGUGAAAAGGACAUCAGCCUCGAAAUCCAAUCUGAGGUUGUCCAAACGUAAGAAAGGGGUAGAGUUUUUGGAUGAGGAAGAGGACAGCAAGGAAAAUCAGACUCAAAAACAAGCACAACUUACCUGUAAAAAAUGUGGCCACAGUCUCAUCAGUCCGCUAGGGGAGCACGAAAAAAGGAAGAGAGUUCCUAAGUUUCUGGAGACAGCUGAGGUCUUUAAGAACAAGGCAGUCAUCUUUGUGUCUGACAAAGGAGAUAAAAUAAGUUUCCAGCCCUAUACAGUGGAAAAUGGGGGUCUUACGAUGAACAGUAUAUGGAGUGAGAAGGAGGGAUGCUGUGUCCAGUUUAUCGCAUGUAAAGGGUGUCACAAACGUGGCAAGCAAGAUCAGUUGAUUGGAGCAGAGAUUGUAUGUAUGGAGAAUCCUUCACAAGGAUUUCAGAAAGGACAGGUUUGGCUAAUUUCAGCAGCUGUUUCUAUAAAUGAUUGUUAAUGUAUUGGUCUUGUUAAUGUUACUUGUACAAUGUAUAUUACAGUUGUUAUUGAUAUACAAUGCAUGAGAGAAAUAAAAUCUUACAGAUCUCUAACCCUUUGACAGUUUAGUGGAUCAAAAUGGUUGUUUUUAGGGACCAUCUCAAAUUACAGUUACAUUUACUUUUGGAAUAUUUAGAAAUUUUCAAUUUUCUGCACUUAGAAGCAGAAUAUAAAAAUACUACAAUAGGGAUUUUUCUUAUUGUAGUCUUUGAUUAGCAAUAUCAUUUUCUACCUGAUAUGUAAGAAACAUAAGCAUUGGUCGAUUCUUUUUGUUGGAGUUAUGGGACAUUGACCACAAUAAUGACUCUGUUUUAUCCAAAAAUUGACCUUGUAAGCGCUCUCAUGCCUACAAAUUUUAAUGGAUUUUCAUUAAAUUUAUACCAAAUGUUUAUACCACUAAUACUUUGGUCAAGUUCGAAAAUCAGCAUUGGUCGAUACUUUUUGUUGGAGUUAUGGGACUUUGACCACAAUAAUGACUCCGUUUUAUCCAAAAAUUGACCUUGUAAGCACUCUCAUGCCUACAAAUUUUGACGGAUUUGCAUGAAAUUGAUACCAAAUGUUUAUACCUCUAAUAUCUUGGUCAAGUUCCUAAAUCAGCCUUGGUCGAUACUAGUAUACUGCUUGACUGGUGGGGGACCCAGGAAUUCUGUUCUUGUUACAUAGGAAUAUAUAGAGAAAAUCUUUAAAAAUAUUCUGGGAAAGUUUUUCGGUCCAAAACUCAGUACUUAGUGUGAAAGUACAGGUUAUGCAAAUUUAAGUUUGAUGAAACCAUGAUAUCCUAGAGAAAAGUGGGGCCACAAAAU